AUGACUUGGCUGAUUUCAAGUGUCCUGCCGAUCGACAUGCUGUGGCUUUGGGUUGCUCGAGUGCUCAACAAUGUAGCCCCUACACAACUGAUCCGGUUGAUUGUAUCAGAGGUGCAUGUUGCACCAAAUCAGGAACUACCCUAUCAAGCUCCACUAAUUUGUAGUAAUGGCGGAAGAGCUCUCGUGAUUGGUUGUAUCCAAUCUCAACAAUGUCUUCCGUUCACUAAAGAAUCCGUCGCUUGUCUACAAGGAAUUUGUUGUACGGUACCACAAAAAUGUCCAAAUGAUGAACGUAUUGUUGGCUUGCAAUAUACAAAUUCACAGUCAUGCGUUUCGCUAUCCGGAGGAAAGUGUCCAGUAAUGGAAUGUGUUGCACAAUGUCCGAGAUUUGUCGAUGAAAUUAAUAUGUAUUCAAGAUUCCUCCUUCUACACUUAGCUUUAGUACUAUCUCAAAUCUUAUCAAAUUUAUUGAUUAUUUGUAUUUCAUUACUUAUAACUUACCGGCAAACCUUUCCAACUGUAAAUGUAUCAUACUGCAAAGUCGAAUGA